AUGGCUUCCGCUAUUGGUUCAUCACAGACAACAUUCACUUCACAAUCGGUAUCCAAUUCAAGUACAGCAUUGGUGGAUGAAUAUGCUGAUAAUCCUUACUUUCUUCCUGAGAAUGAGAAUCCAGGUUUUGUUCUUACAUCUCAACCUCUUACAGGUCCAGAAAAUUAUAUGAGUUGGGCUAGAUCAGUGUUCUUGGCUUUGAGUUCCAGGAACAAAUUUGGAUUUGUAAAUGGCUCGAUUGCAGAACCAGAUCCUUCUUCUCCUUUAUUCAAUUCUUGGAGUCGUUGUAACACUACGGUUCUUUCUUGGCUAACCAAUUCUUUGAGUAUGGAAUUGAAAGCUAGUGUGAUGUAUAUCAAUAAAUCAAAAGAUUUGUGGUUUGAUCUUAAGGAUAGACUUUCACAAGGUAAUACACCACGAUUAUUUGAACUUGAGAAAGAAAUUUCUCAUCUUUCACAAGGAUCACUCUCAAUAAGUUCUUACUUUACAAAAUUCAAGACUUUAUGGGAUGAGUUUGUCAGCCAUCAGCCCUUUACUGUUUGUUCUUGCGCUUGUAUUUGUGGAUCCAAGGCUUCUCAAUUGGAUGUUCAACAUAAGGAACAUGUUUUUAGGUUCUUGAUGGGCUUGAAUGAUAGUUACAGCAAUCUUAUUGGUCAAAUAUUGCUAAUAGAACCAUUUCCUUCAUUAAGCAAAGUUUGCUCUUUAGUUAUACAAGAAGAAAAGAGGAGAAACAUUGGUCAUGACAUUACAGGUUAUAAUGUUGAAGCAAAUGCUGCUGCAAUGUUUGUUAAUCACAACAAAGGACAAUUUCAGCAUUUCAAUGGUGAUAAAGGAGGAGGGUAUUCUAAGAAAGAAAGACCAAUUUGUCCUAUUGUGGCUUAA